CUCGAUUCUAGUCUCAGGGGCAGCUAGACUGAAAUUCCAUAAGGACUGUCAUGCAAAGUCGAAAUCCUAUUCGGAAACGAGCUCGGCAAGUUGUCUGGGACGAUCACGAUAACUAGAAGUCAUAUUUAUCGAUUGCAUCGAUCUUUGCUUCGGAUAAGCAUUGGUCGAUAUAAGCGAAACAGGAUUUCAGAAUCGAGACUCCGGAGAGGCAGUGCUAUAAUGGCACAGUUGCUUCUUGCUCACAAGGCUUGCGGCCUGCUUGACGGUGAAAAGGAUCUGCAUUUGCUUGGAAUGGGUGCUUGCGCCGAACAGUGGGGAGGUGGAUCGAUGCAGCACUCGCAUUUCCAGCCCUCGGCCAUCCUGGUGAGGUCACCAACGGACCUCACACAGCGGAAUGAAUGUUAGAAAAAGGAGACUACUUGCGAGUACACUUCAAUGCUUUCGCAAAGCAUGAGGAUGCUAGCUAAGCUAGUUUGGUGGUAAGGGAAGAAACAC